AUGAAUGAACGGGAAAGAAUUUCUUCUCCACCAGAACUUAUUUCACAUUCAGCACGCAGAGUCAGCUCUCAAGUUGUGCAGAAUACUCAUGCUCCUAUUGAAAGAAUCACGAAACAAAGAUUUUCGGCAGCGAAUUCUCGGCCAAGUCCUCCUCUAUCUACGUCACAAUUGGUCUCAAAUCGCUAUAUGCCUCUUAGUAGAAUGAUUGCACAUCCUAGUGGUAUUUCGCCGUUUUACCCCGGAAAAAGGACAUCUAAUGACUAUAAUUGUGAUAUGAACAUGAUUCGGAAGUUUCCUCGUACUGCUGAUAAGUCUAAAGGCUUACGGCACUUCAGCACCAAAGUAGCGGAUGAAUUAGUGUCUGAAUAUUUUGAUUCGGCUGAUGUUCAGCCCACAGAUACGGAAAAGCAGCAGUACGAUAUGAAGAAUAUACGGCGUAGAGUGUACGAUGCAUUAAACGUUUUAAUGGCAAUGAAUAUUAUUGAAAAAGAAAGGAAAGAAAUUAGAUGGGUUGGUUUGCCUACUUCUUCAUUGCAAGAAUGUCGAAAACUUGAGGAGGAAAAAGUGAAACGUAAAGAAAGGAUACGUCAUAAAUGUGAACAACUUCAGGAACUCAUAAUACAGGCAAAUAGUUUAUUCAGUAGGAAUUAUUUUCUCAUAGUUUAUAAAACUCUGGUAGAAAAAAAUCGCGAAAUGGAGCGUGACAAUGGUCGCCCUCGCGAAGACUCGAUUCUUUAUUUGCCUUUUAUUAUUGUUAGUACAGCUAAGAAAACAUUCAUCGAUUGCGCUAUAUCUCAUGACAAGACUGAAUAUUUAUUCAAUUUUGAUCAGCCAUUCGAAAUUCACGAUGAUAUUGAAGUCCUUAAGCGACUUGGACUUGCUUAUGGUUUAGAACGAGGUGAAGUUUCUGAUGCCAAUCGCAUCAAAAUCAAAUCAUAUUUGCCUCUUUCUCUUCGCAGUUAUAUUGACCAAAUUAUUGAUGGAACAUUAAGUAAUGCGUAUGAUAAUUCACGAAAUGUUGUCCCAGCUGUUGAUACAACACACGAUAGACAUGCUGUUUAUGCCUUAGCUUCGAGUACGCGGAUGGGGCAUGCAGCAGCAAACACUCCACAUAGUUAUCAGGUACCAAAUCGUGGAACAUUAUCUUCAGUCCGAGUUACCUCUGCACCCGUACUUCCACGAACAGUUGCUGUCUCCAGUUCUCAUCAUACCGAUUCAAAUUCGAAAUAUAUUCCAAGCUCAAGUGGAUACCGUACUGUUCGCAUACCGGUACAACAAUAUAGUGUUCAACCGGGCCCCAGUAGUUCACAACAAAAAGCUUUAAAUAUGAAUAGACAGGUCGCUUAUAAUAUUCAGGACUCUGGUCGAACUCAGUUGUCCGAUGAGCAUCAGUAUGAAGAAGUCUAUGAUGAAGAGGAAAAUUUGAAUUAUCAGUAA